GCGAUAGACGACUACAAUCUGGAGUACUUAGCUACUGCACGCGAGAAAACAAUUAUAAUUUAUAAUAAAAAAAGAACGUCUGCCUUCUCUCUCGCGCACUCUCGUCUCUCUCCAUCUCGCUCUCUCGCACUGAUCAAUGAAAAAGUCUGUAUACAGUCGGGCGAACUUCGCGAUUGUCGUGCAGGCCUCAAGCCAUAAAAGUCUGAUAAGGGAGAAGACAUAAAAUUAUUAUGCGCCGAAUGGUGAUGAGCAGUCAGUACAGUAGUUGCAGCAGCAGCAGCAGCAGCAGCAGCAGCAGCAGUGAUCGUCGGCGUUGCGCCUCUCUAGUGGUAAAAACGAUUUUAUUAUAGAGCCGCCGUGUACGUGAUUCUACCGCUAUAUGUACGCGCUAUAGCCGAGUAGCCAACUGUCAGAUUGGCCACAUCAUCUGUCCUCUGUCCUUGAUAAACAGAGGAGUAAAUGAUGCAGUUCUUGUAGUAUGAUUGAGAGUCAUUAGUCAAAGCUAGUUGCAGGAGGCAGGAAUUGUACCUGAACAAUGAGUGCUAUUGCGACUGUUUCCUCUUGACAAAGUGUAUCAUAUUUCAAGUCAGUCAAAAAAUGGCACGAAAGUCUUAUAUUUAUCAUGGCUCUAUGCUGCUGCUCUUCUUUGGAUGCAGCUUGCAUGAAGCCGUGGAACUGUUUGAUGAUGGGAGGAUAGAAUACAUGAGCAGGGAGGAAAGAGAAACGUUAAAAGAAGAGGCAAAAGAUAUGUUUUAUCAUGCUUAUAAUGCGUACAUGGAUAAUGCGUAUCCGGCUGAUGAAUUAAUGCCACUAAGUUGUAAAGGAAGGUAUCGAGGAUCUGAACCAGAUCGAGGAGAUAUAGAUUCUACUCUGGGAAACUUUUCCCUCACUUUGGUUGAUACCCUUGAUACGCUUGUGGUGAUAGGUGAUCUAGAGGAAUUCGAAAAUGCUGUGAAACUUGUUAUUAAAGAUGUUACAUUUGAUACAGAUGUUAUAGUCUCUUUGUUUGAAACAAAUAUUCGGAUGCUUGGAGGUCUUCUGAGUGGGCAUAUUUUAGCUGAUUACAUUCAGCAAAGGGGAAAUGCAAUGUCUUGGUACAGAGGUGAAUUGUUAAAUUUGGCAAAAGAUUUAGGGUACAGGUUUUUACCUGCAUUCAAUACAUCCACUGGAAUACCAUUUGGAAGAAUAAAUCUAAGAUAUGGCAUGAAAGGGGUACCUUUGGAAAUGACCAGAGAAACUUGCACUGCUUGUGCUGGUAGUAUGAUUUUGGAGAUGGCUGCAUUAUCAAGAUUGACAGGAGAAUCAGUAUUUGAGGAAAAAGCACAAAAGGCAAUGGAUGUAUUGUGGAAGUUGAGACACCGAGGAAGUGACUUAAUGGGAUCUGUAUUAAAUGUAAACUCUGGAGACUGGGUUCGCAGGGAUUCAGGAGUUGGAGCUGGAAUUGAUUCAUACUAUGAAUACUGCUUAAAAGCUUAUAUCCUUCUUGGCGAUGAAAAAUAUCUAGGACGUUUUAAUAAACAUUAUCAAGCUAUUAUGAAGUAUAUUAGUCAAGGACCAAUGCUGUUAGAUGUCCAUAUGCAUAGGCCAAAUACUAACUCAAAAAAUUUUAUGGAUGCAUUACUAGCCUUUUGGCCUGGAGUACAAGUCUUAAAAGGUGAUAUCAAGCCAGCCGUUGAAACGCAUGAAAUGCUCUAUCAAGUUAUGCAAAGGCACAAUUUUAUUCCAGAAGCAUUUACUACUGAUUUUCAAGUACAUUGGGGUCAUCAUCCUUUAAGACCUGAGUUCUUAGAAUCUACAUACUUUUUGUAUAAAGCAACUGGUGAUCAUUACUAUUUGGGCGUCGGGCGAAAGGUUUUGAAAAGUCUCCAGACCUAUGCAAGAGUGUCAUGUGGAUUCGCAGCAGUAUCAGACGUCAGGACCAACAAGCACGAUGACACUAUGGACAGCUUCGUCCUCUCGGAGACUUUCAAAUAUUUGUAUCUGUUGUUCGCCGAUCCAAGUGAUUUGUUACUGGAUUUAGAUGAAUACGUGUUCACCACUGAAGGCCAUUUGCUGCCGUUAUCUUUGGCUUCUGUCAGAACUAAUUUAACAACGGAUUUCGAAAGAGAAAAAGUUCACGUUGAAGAAACCGAUCGUACUUGUCCAAAUAGUCUGCAUUUAUUCCCUGCUUCAGUUAGGCAACCUUUACGUAACAUGGUCGAGGAUGUGUGUCCCAAACGUGUUGUGAAGAAACGGUUGAGCGCUUCUCAGUUCCAACCAAAUAAUUUAGAGCACUCGAAAAUGCUCAGUGAUAUGGGCAUCACAAUUUUGACGCUAGUAGACGGUAGUGUUCAAUUGCUGCAUACCUUCUCUAAUGCCAAAACGCCUCAAGACGCGGAAGAAGGAUUACUAUUUAUGCAAGAGAUGGUUGAACUCAGUAAAUCUCAGACUCAACAAACGGAAACUAAACCAGUGCUCGUAACGUUUGUAAAACCAAACACAAAACCACCUCAGAAGGUCACUUUACUCGCUGGUCCCGCGCAUUUUGGUGCUGACCUGAAGAACGAAAAAAUCACGGGAAAAGUAAUAUUGGCUAAUCCUUCUUUAGCGUGUCAAGAUCUUAACAAUGCGAACUCGUUGAAGGGUAUGAUUGUGAUUGUUGAUAGAGGUAGCUGCAUGUUCGUUGAUAAGGCUCGAAGAAUACAGAAGGCUGGUGCUAUAGCUGGAAUAGUAUUAGACAAUGUACCUGGCUCCAAUGUUCAGAAUUCUCCUAUGUUUGCCAUGUCGGGUGAUGGAAAACAAGUUGAUGACGUUACUAUUCCUUUCGUGUUUCUAUUCAGCGCAGAAGCUAGUCAAUUACUUCAAGCCAUCAUUUCAGCUCACGGCUCCUUAAUUGUUACUAUAGGCGGUACAGUGCAUAAAGACGAAGCGCAAUUAAAAGCUCCAACAGAUCUGUCAAUGUUUGAGAGACUAAAAGGGACGAUCAAAGAAAUUUUAACGCGUCAAUUAACGUCUCAGAAUCUUCCAUCGGGCGGAACCAUUAAUGAUGUAGCUGCCAAAAGUUUAGUAUCUGAUCAAGAGCAAAUAGCUUUUGGUCACCUUCGGGCGUUUGUCAUGGGUGAUUCGCCAGAUAAACUGAUAAAGAUUAACAUUAAUCCUCAUGUUCGUGAAAAGAAUUACGAACCGACGCAAAAUGCCCAAAUAAACGAAACCAACUGGACGUUAAUGAAAAAAAUGAUAGUUAAUGAAUUAUUCGGAACAAUUAGAUUGAAUUUAGGUUUCGUGAUUGAAAGUACUGGAAUAUCAAAAGUGUAUUCAUUGAUCAUGGGUAAAAGGGGUAUGGAUGAGCAGGCAAUAAGCAACGCCAAAAUGUCGGAUAAAGUACUGUGGUUUUUAAAGGAAUUAAGUGAAAUUCAGCCUGACCCGUCUAUUGUUGCUCUUUACUUCGACUUGUUUCCCGAAGUGAAUAAGCAGUACUUUCUCUCUUAUUUAUUUCGAAGUACAGCAUUUAAUAUAAAGAAAUUUCCCGACUUGAUUGUACAAUCUGGUGCGUUCAGCGAAUCAUUUAUAACUCAACUUGUGAUUUUGUUUACCACGCAAACUAACGGUGUGCAGUCAGCCGAGUUUGGUAAAUUUAUGAAGAAAUACUUACCGAUUAUAAUACGUUACAUUAUUCAAGAGAGCUUGAAUGUAACGUCAAAUGAAAAUUGGGAAAAUAAUAUUUUUUCUAUCAACGAAUUUAUUACGGCAAAUAAGGAGCAUGUCGUAAAUAUAAACCCGAGUAAAAUUUUUGAAGACAAAACACCCGCACCGAAAAAACAAACUGCUGAAGUUUCCAGUAAAAAGAAGGGCGUAAUACAGAUCGAAGUAGCAACACCUCCGGCAAUGCUCGACGAAAGGAUACAGCCCGAGAGAAAGCUUGAAACUGAUAACGCUGAAAGUAAUAAUGAUAAGAAAUCGAAAAAUACAGAUGGUGCCAGCCAUGUGCAAUCUUCUUCGAGAAGGACUAAAGGCGACGACACGGAAGAUUUUCAAGAGCUAAAUGAAAAUGCCAAUUUAUUACGAAAUAAAGAUAAGAUAGAAAACCAAGAAAAUAUUGAGGAAUCAGUGCCUAAUACUCCGGUCAAAGACUUAAAACAUUCUAAUAGUGUAACCAAUAAUGGAAUUCCAUCAAUGAAAGAAAAAUCGAAAGUUGUUACACCGAAAUCUGCUAGUGAUCGCCAAACUGUCAGCAGUGAAUAUGAUAGGAAACAUGCUCAUGAUGAUCUGUAAGAAUUUAUUUUUACUUUACUUACUAUCAAGGUUGAACCAAUUUCCUCGCAUUGCAAAUGCUCUUAGAUACAAUAUUUACAGAAAAACUCGAUAUUGUCAAUAGUGAAAGAAAGAAGUGUAUUUUGCGCAAUGUAUCUUAAAAUGUUUCUGCUGACAGGGUUGCAAAUGGAAGUGUAUUGAAGAUGUUUAUACGAUAUACGUACUGUAAAAAAAGAAUGAAUAGGUGUAUACAUGCUUUUAAUGAAUGUGAGAUAAUUUCACUUUUUCCAUUUAUUUGACAAAAAUAUCAAAAUAAUAGCUGUUAUUAUCGUAAAUGCUAAUAUAAUUUUAUUAUUCUUCAAUGUAGAUAAAAACUUGCUUUAUAUUUUUAUGAAUUGAUAUAUUUACUUGGCAGAAAGCUAAUAUAUAAAAAAAAAAUAUACAUAUACAAAUAUGCGUAUAAUAAAAUAAUUGUUGUACAGAUUAAGACAAUAGGCGAUAAAUAUGUAUGUAAAUUGAGAACUUCUGCCUCAAAAAUGCAGAGUUGCUACUAGAUUGUAAAUACUUGUGGUAACUAUGGUUUCAUAAAAAUUUUCUAAAGUUAUUUUUGUAUGCCCCAAACAUUCUUAUUGUCUUUUUCAAACUGUUUAUCUCUUAAAUUGUAAACUUAUAAAUAACAUAAAAAUAUUCAAAAUCUUAUAGAGAAAUGAAAAUCGCGAUAAUGUAAAUAGAAUAAAUGUAAAUUGUGAAGACUUUAUUCACAUUUGCCAAAAAUUGUUGAUAUAUGCAUACCUUAUAUUGUAACUGCUUUAUUAUGUAAAAUGACUAACUGUACAUACCAAUUAAAUGUCUGCGUCAGAUGUUUUAAUGUAAAAUAAUGUUUAAUAUAAUAUUGUAUGACAUUUUGGUAUGGAAACAGGAAAAAGCUGUGAAAUAAAGUCUGUUACGUAAA